AUGGUGUUCGGUAAAGUUCAAAGGCAUCAUACGGUGUCGACGAACAGCGGGAAUCGUAGAAACGAGGAUGCGAUCAUGAAUGAGGCGUCGUUGAAAGCUGCGCAAGCGAUUUUCAAGAAGCAUUCCAGUGUUUCAACGAACGAAGCACCGCAAGAGAAACAGAACCCUACGCCUGCAAGACCCAUUAGACGAGCCGUAACCGUGAAUACGUCUAUGCGACCUGCUUCCAAGGCAAAUGGGAAAGUUAGCGUCGUGAGAGCGCUGCAAGUAACUCACAGUCCGCCUAAUGAAGAAAAAAAUGGGCCGUCACUUUCUGCAAGACAAGCUGCCGCUAGGGCUCAAAGAGAGUCUGCUAUUAUCGAAUCUCACCUCAGAUUACCGGAGAAUGACAGUAUUUUUUCAUUUUCUAGAGCUGAUAAUAAGGGCCGUCUUUCGAGAAGCAAUUCGGGAAGUGGGUCUAUAAAAAGCGGAACAUCCCAACGAAGUAGUUCUUCGGCCAGUUUUGAGGAUAUUAUAAGCAAAUUACAAGCGAACUCGAGUAGCAGUGCAGCGGCUGCGGCAGCUUCACUGUCCAAAAGCUAUUUCGCGAGCAGAUCCCAGGACUGUUUUUCAAUGUCGAAUUCUAGCUCAGAAGAUCUUCGAAGUAGAGUUGGAAGGCAUUCACCUGUUGAUCCUAGGGCAACCAGAGCUAAUCAAGCUACUUCUCGAAAUGUGGUAUCGAAGACUGCACCUCGUAGAGUUCCUCCGCCCAAUGCAGACAAUUCACUUGGAGAUGCUCCUUCGAGACAUCUAAAUCUCAACUAUACCUCUCAAAACAAAAGCGAAGGCCUCUUUAGCGACAGUGAGACUUCUGGCUACGGUCUAUCAGACGACUAUAAACAGGACUCGAUUUCUCUUAGCCCAGAUCCAACCUCCACCAGCACACCUACCGAGGUGGACAGCAAAAAGAUGCCCUAUGAAGCGCUCAACAAGAUGCCUGGUCAGGUGAAGUACCAGGGAACAUUACCGGAUCUCAUUCCAAAUCAUAGGCGUGACAAGAAAAGGGGUAAGAUACGGUCUGUAUUCUAUCGAAAGCGCCGUUCCACGGGGUCUGAACAGAACAGAUCUGACGUAUUCCAUAACAACGACUUUGCGCUUGUGAAAACUGGACAGCCUGUGAGAUUUAGGACUACGAUGCGCAAAUCAAGCAACGACCAACCCGACUCUCCCGCAAGAUCCUCAGACGAAAGUGAUCAGUAUGAAUCGUCAUCCGAGGGCGAGCAAUUCGACAACCAAAAGAAAAAAAUUAAGAAGGGUCACAAAAGCCGGAUCCGCAAGCGCAUCAAGAAGGCUUCUGGUCAUAAUCAUGUCGACAAACGCUCUUUCAAUGAGGAUAAACCUUGGAAACAUCACAUUGACGUUGGCUUCGUAACUCAGCCGGAGCGGAAGCGAUACGAAGCCAUGUGGGUGACCAAUCGCAAUUGCUAUUUGUCACUACUUUCCUGGUGGAAUCCCGAGACUACAACUGUUCCGGAGGACGGUCUCAUCUUGAACCUUGUCGUUUAUGACAUUUGGUCAAGAAGUAAUUUACCCCAGGAUAAAUUGGCAGCUAUCUACGACAUGGUAGAUAUAAGAAAAGACGGCACGCUCUCGCGCGCCUCGUUUUUAGUGGGCAUGUGGCUGGUAGAUCAAAGUCUUUACGGUAGGAAGCUACCUACCAAGAUCGAAAAACGGGUAUGGGAUAGUGUUGAUAGAUAUGUGAUAAACGUGCCGCAAGACCCACAAAUUGGACAGGAAAAAAAGACGAGUCCAAAUCUAAUUAAAGAUGAGAUCAAAACGCUAAAGAAUGAUCUCAAACGUGUUCAAUUGUGA